AUGGCUUCCUUCAUUAAAGUUUCAACUUUUUUAGCAAUCUUGGCAUCAUUACAUCAAGUCGCCGUUGCUGCACCACCAGCUUGUUUAUUGGCUUGUGUAGCUCAAGAGACCAAGUCUAGCUCUUGUUCAGGCUUGAAUGACUUGUCAUGUAUCUGUUCUGUUGAAUAUAGCGAUAUUGAAUCAUGUUUAGAAUCCAUUUGUCCUAAUGGAAACGCUGACGCCGCUAAAUCCGCUUUUGAAAGCUCUUGUUCCGGUUACAGCAAAGAUGUCGUCUCAAGCUCAUCCGCUAAAUCUUCUUCAUCUACAGAAGAAGCCUCUUCUACUGAAGCCUCUUCUACUGAAGCCUCGUCCGUUUCAGCUUCAUCUACUGAGACUGCUGCUGCUGAAGAGGCUUCAUCUACUGAGACUGCCGCUACUCAAGCUCCAUCUACUCAACAAAAGUCACCUUUAUCUACCGCUGCUCAACCAACAACUUUAUCUUCAUCUGGCGUUGCUGAAGAAACCUCAUCAGGCUCAUUUGCUCCAGCUAUCUCAACUCAAACCGAAGCUGGUGCUAAUAAAGUCGGAUUAGGAGCUUUGAUCGGUUUGGUUGGUGCUGCUUUAUUAUAA